UCAAGAUCAAAACAUGAUUAUUAUAAAUCAAUUACAUAUAUGAGUUUUCGAGAACCGCAGAUUCUUCUAAAAACCAAUCCGGAUUAUAAAGAAACCUGUUUGGAUAAGGGUGCACGCUUAGGAGGUGAAAAUGUCGUUCAAAUGGAUUCUAUAAAUAAGAAUAAAUGUCCAACAUUAUUUCAAAAGUUUUCGGAUUUUAUUCCAUUUUUAAAUAUUUCUAGCUCAGUUGGUCCUACUGAGUGGCAUGGACUUCCUAGAUAUCCUUAUGCAACAUAUUUAUUUCUCACAUAUCGGACUGAAGAAUUAGAUAAUAAAGGCGUAGUAACUGAUGAAUAUGCGAAAGUAUCAACAGUGCUAGAUUGUAGUGUUCCUCUAACGCCUGUACUAAACGCAGAAGAAAUAGAUAUCGGUAACGGUGAUUUAUCUCCAGAAUGGGGCGUAGAUCUUAAUUUUACAGGGGCACAAAUUAAUUACGGCCCAUGGGCUGACCGACAAAGAACCAUCCUUCAAAAUUUUUUUUUUCCGCCGUUAUAUCGAAAUUCUGAGCAAACAAAAAAACUAUCUCCCGGACAAACUAGAUUGCAUACUUCAUUUAGAGUUUUUGUUCAGUUUGAUGGUCCAGUAACACUUAGAGUUCCUUUAAGAGAAAUUUCAAAGGAUUGGAAGUAUUCUCAGAAUGAAAGCCUAGAAGAUUUUCAAAUCCAUGGUAGCCAAAGGCAAUAUGGGUGGUUAGAAAUUGUUGCCAAAGGCGAUUCUACUAUUACUAUGAUAGCGCCUAUGGUGUUAACUGAUAAAGGAUAUUCAAAUAAUCUAGUAAUUCAUCUUGAGGACGUUGAUACGCAAACAAGCGUCAAUGACUCCCGAUUCAUAAAGGCUGAAAAGUGCGAGAUAAAAUGUGAUUUACCAAGUCCGUUAGUCUGGAAUCAAAGUCGUACAUGGGAGUUUGAUAUUUAUUUUAUGGAAGCCGAAAUCUUUUUGCUUAGAGAUCACAUUACAUUAUUUCAGGAUUUGAUUAAGGAUUGGACUUCUGGGCCUUCGCCAGAUAAAUUACAUUUUAUUCCUAUUAAGUAUAAAUUUAAUCCUCGAUUUACAAAUUUCAAAUUGUACCUUUAUGUCAAUGAGCAUAAUAUUAUCAAUGAUCCAACGGAUAUAGGCGAAAAUACAUUUUUAAUCAUAAGGGGAUCACGAUUAGUAUCAAAUAUUGUUGCACCAUUUUUAUGCUAUAAUCAAGAAAUAACAAAAAUUUUAUUUGAUAUGGAAAUAACAAAUGGGAGAAUUGUUAUGUCUCCACAAGUAUCUCAAACACUGGGAACUUUUCUUAGCGAAUAUAGUAAAGACUUUUUCCAAGUUAAUAGUUUUAGUGUGGAUGGAAAUUUUCAAUAUUACAGUUUUAUUCAUCCCAAUCAUGUGGAAUCGUUGUCUAUGACUCUGAAGGGAAAAGAGGCCAAUUUGAAAUUAUUUGGUUUUGUCAUUCGUUAUUUCAUAAUUUUGCAAAUGAAUUAUGCAGGAAAUUAUAUAAAUUUUUGCGAAUUGAAGGAAUAUGUUGAUUUACAUGAUCCAAAAAAUGUGACAGGUACAAUAAAACGUCCGGCACAGCCCGUAAAGCCGCCCGCAGACCCGUAUGAAGUCUAUGUGACGUUUAUCAUUGAAGAUGGCACUUUUAUACUUCCCGAGAAUUUGUAUAAUGCUGAUGAACAGUCUUCAAGAAUUCAUUUUAAUGAAUUGCAGUUAGAAUUAAGAAAUUUGGAUGUAUAUAUGGAUAUGGAUUUGACUAUAAGCCCAUUAACAUGGACACUCGGUUCCGAUGUGAAAACUACAUCUAAAUCACGAUUAUCAAAAGAAUAUACUAAUUAUUUGUUCAUUGAUGAUUUAAAUGUACAUGCACAUCGUUUGUUUGGCCCUUUACCCAAGACCGCUACCUACGUUUGUAAUUGGGAAUUAAAUAUUGGAACAAUAUCUGGACAAUUGAGACCAUCAUUUUUGUUAAGUACUACUUCUUUUGGAAAAGCGUUUGGAUAUCAUUAUGUAGACGAUGAGAAUGCUUUGCCUCCAGAUUUCAUGAACCCUCUUGAAGCAGAUGUAACAUUUUUAAAUUUAAAUAUUAAAGAAGUUGAUAUAUCUGUUUGGGGAGGAGAUAGUGUUUCUCAAAUUCUUCUUAAAGAAGGUUUAUGUGUUAAAUUUGAUGACCUUGCCAAUGAAAAAUAUACUCAAAGAGUAUUAAUUGAACUCCCUGAUUUAGUAGUUAGAAGUUUAGCAAUGUCUGCUUUUAAUUUAAAUAGUGUAUAUCAUGUUAAGGAUGCUGAUAGUCAUCCUUUUGUGGAGGUCGCAAGUUUUGAAUGUGCUUUUAAUGUCUCUUUAUAUCGCACUAUAUCGGGUUGGCAACAGAGGUUUGCAAGUCAACAGGAGCAUUUAAAAGAACAAGAUAAGGAAACUUUGAGAAUUCCGUUUCUUUAUGGAAAUGGAAACGGUGACCAAAGUUCAUUAGGAUCUUCUAAUGGCUAUCAUUUUGGUUCACUUUAUGUUCCACAAAUGCCAACGCCAAUACCUGAUGAUACAGACGUUUAUUCUGUAUUAAACAAUGAAAGUGCAAAUUCUUCAAUGGUCGACCUUUCUACAAGUCAAAAUAGAAUAAACAUCAAAAAUAUGUUAAUAUUUGACCAACACGGUGAUGACGAUAUGUGGUUACGAACCGAUGAUGACAACGUAUCUAUAAUUACUGGGUCGGGUGUUAGUGUAUCAAAUGCAUCAUUUGUGACUGCGUCAGACGGUGACGAAGAAGAAGAAGAAAGUUUUAAUGAAAGUGAUAACGAUGAUGAAACCAUUGGGCAUAAUACUCCAAUCAUUAUUGAUGAUUCUGAUAGUGACUAUUAUGUGAAUAAGACGGAACUGUCCCCUGAUGAACAUCAUUAUUCGAUGUCCCCACCAGUUGCCAAGUCUAUUCCAUAUGGAAGUUAUUUAAGGCGAUAUAAACAGUCUUCGUUGAGAUCUUCUUCUGCUCCAUUCCAAAGUUCAUUUCUUCAACCACCCCGCGUGUCAUUCAUACCUGCAAGAGAUGCGGAACUAUCUCCUGAUGAGAAAAGUCCAAGUUUCAAAUCAUCACCUUUUUUAAAAUUAAUGAAUGAAAGUACCACAUCAUCAGACGAUAUAGUUCCGGAUCAAUCGCCAACUACUCAAGAUGAAGCAGAGGAGAAAAUGACAAUUAUAUUUGAGACUACUAAAACUGUAAAAGUGUUAUUAACUCCAAUUUUCUUGAAAAUUGUGGAAGAGUUUUUGGAAGCAAUUAAAAAAGAGGAUUGGAACAUGGAAGCUAUGUUUGAUAAAAUGCAAAUGGACUAUGUAGGGGAACUUACAAAAUUAUUUCCCUUCAAAUUUUCAACCACAAGUUUUGGUAUAUCUAUUCAUAAAGUUCAUUUACACUUUAUACAAGAUGUAAUGCUUCCGGAUGAUUUAACAAAUGUAAAUGAUGAAUAUCCUAGUGUUAGAGCGAGAUAUGAUUUGACAGAUACUAUAUUAUGCGCUGCUGCUGACCUUGUUAUAGAUAAGAUUUUAAUGAAUGGUCUAAUAAAAUUUCAAAAUAAAAAUUUUGAUUGUAAAGAAAAUUUAAAAAAUUUUGAAAGAUCAUUAAAAUUAGUUGAAUCAGGUGCUAAUUUAGAAUUUAAUUCAUUAAGAUUAAAUGUACGUUUUGUUACUGGGUCAAAUACUAUUGGUAUUUUUGGAAUUCCCGAGAAUAUGCAUCAAUUUAAAGAAACUGGCUUUAUUUCAUCUGAACAAUUAAAUAAUGAUCCUGUAGUAUUAAAUAUUUCUUUAGAAAGACUUAAAUUAAAAUGGAAUGGUGGUAUUAAAUCAAAUAAUUUUUCUUUUGAUCUUGAUAAUGUUUUUAGUUGUUUUAUUAAUCAAUCACCUGAAAUUUUAACCGGGGCAAUAUAUUGGUGGCUUGUAUUUGCUAAAGAUCUUUCAGAUAUAUUGAAAAAAUUUGAAACUCAUCGAAUUCGACAAACGCAAAUAUUAGUUCAUGAAAUUGCAAAACAUUCUAAGGAUGUAACUAGUGAUCCACAAUAUUUAGCUACACCAUCUCAUGUACUUCGAUUAAGUGCAAAAAAUUUAAAAAACGAUGAUGGAUGGAAAAUGCUUGGUCGUCUUAGAUAUGUUAAGAAACAGAUGCAAUUAGAUCAACUUGAAAAAUUGCAAGUAAUUUUGAAUUCUUCUGAUCAUCCGUCUUUGAAUCAAAAUGAGAUGUAUGAACAGGUGAUAAAUGUUUUCUCACAGUGGAGGAAUUGGGAAAUAGAAAAUGUAUCAAAUUGUCGACUCUUUACGGACCUUUUUCGACAACCAACAAAGGAUUUAAGCUCAUCGAAUAAUCCAGUUGAAGAUAUUCUACCAUUUUUAAAAGCUUCAUUAAAUUGUUUCAAAUUAAGAAUUGGAAACGUUUCAGUGUCAGUAUGGGAAUCACAACGUGAAAAUUCUGUAGGACUAGGGCCUAUAGUACUUGAUUUUGAAACAACUUAUCAAGAUGACAGUUUGUCAUCUUUCGGAUCAAACACAGGUCCUGGAUCAUUUAGCACAACUUCAGGGCAAUCUCAAUCUCAAAUUCCUCAUCAAAUGUUUUCGGGAGAUUUGAAUGUUACUAUGCGAUGUGGUGUGGAACAGAUUGGUAUAGAUGUGAAUCCGGACAUGCUUGCUUUCGCCAAACAUUGGCUCAAGGUGCAUCGAAUUUUCAGAUCUAAAUUUGAAUCUUUAUCAAGUAAGGAGUCACCGCCAACUUUGAAUGAGGAAAUUUCCUCUUCGUCCAAUACUCAUCAUAAACACAAGUCAACUAGAUCUAUUGCUAGUAUGAAUGAAUUAAAUGUUGUCAAGCUUAACGAUGUAAAACAGAAAGAUACACUUCAAGCUAAAGAUUUACUAUCGCGAGUUAAUAUCUAUGUUCAAGGGAUAAUGAUUAUUAAGAAAAUUUCAAUAACAGCCUCUGCACAAAAAUUAAUUGCACUUAUCCAGUUAUCCAACAUUAAUAGUUCGGUUUGGCUACAUAAUCCAAAAACUUUGAGUUCUGCCGAAAAGUCAGAAUUUGAAAGUUUAUCGGUUAACAAGAGUACUGCACAUCCUGGAUCAAAGAGUAGUGGUAGUAAAGGUUCAAAAAGUUUGAUAUUUUCGGCUAUUGGAGGAAUUGGAAAUAUUUUAAUCAAUAUCAAAGAAAAGAUAUCCAGUUCUGCUGGUCCAAAUACUUUAUUAUCUAUUGAAUUUACGCGUGUAGAUUCUAGUAUAGCUAUCAGUUCUCCAACCCUUAGUCGUCCAAAGAGUAGAUUAGAUAUUGAAUUACCAAAGGUGUUGAAUGUUUUUUUGUCACUUCAAUCUAUUUCUAUAAAAUUGCCGCAAAGUCUUCUCAAACUUUAUCACUUUGUCGAAGAAUGGAGAGAGGAAAAUUUACCCAGUUAUGACUUUUUAUACAAAAACUUAAAAGAUGAGUUUGAAGAACAAAGGAAAAUACUUAGACCUCCAACACCGCAUAACGUUCGAUUUGUUGAAAAGAAUGAUAAAAAAAAUGCUUUUGAUUUUAAAUUUCAAUUUCUGCUAAAAAAACUUAUUUUGCAAACUCAGCUGCUCCCAUCUCUGCGUUUUCAUUAUGACGCGUGGGAUUUUCUUAUGAUUUUGGAACAGAGAAACUCUUUAUAUGGCGGAAAUUUGACAAAAUAUUUGGGUCAAUUGGCAAAACAAGAGAUUCACUUUGUGACUGUGACACGUCAAAAAAAUCCGAGUAAAUCGAGCCAAAAUGAAAAAUCUAUUAUGGAGGAACCUGAUGAUAAUUUACAGAAAGCUGCAUUCACCAUACCAGCUAUAAGAGCAACUGGCAAAAUAAAACCAUUUGAACCUAGUAAAAACGCUAAUGUCAUCAUCAAAAAGAACACUAGUCCUGUUGAGUCUGCGUCUAAUAUUUCAUUAGGAUCCACAUCAAAUAUUACUCCGAAACAUUUAAAGUUGGAGUCAACAGUUACCUUAGAUUUUGUACAAUUAAGUUUGAACGUGAAUAUAAUUGACAAUUUAUUAACGGCACAAUCACUUCUUGGAAAUGAAUUUAAUGAUGUUUUAGAUGUCUUCGUUUUUUCAUCAAAGAAACUAAAGGCGCGUGAAGCUGCUUCCAAGGACAAGAGUUCUUCGCUCGUACAAAUAGAUCCGAGUAAACAAGACAAAUUAUACUAUAAUCUCAAAAUAUCUCUUCGAGGUCUACAAAUAACUGCCGAGAGUCCUACUGCAAUUGGAUUUUUUGAAACAAACAUUCUAAAUGGACAUAUUACUAAUAUACUUAGGCCCGAAGACGCCAUAUCGACGAAAAUUGAAUGGUUUUUCUCUGCAAAAAAAUUUUCACUCUCGCUUAAUCAUAAUAAAAGAAUUGGAGGACAAUUAGCUACGGAUGAUGAUGUUAAGAAAUAUCGAAUAGCAUAUAUUAUAAUUGAUUUAGAAUUACAAAAUUUUAGGAGUAAACAGCAGCAGCAAAACUUAACAUUAGAGGACAUUACAGAAUCAUAUUUUUUAAAAUUAACUAAAGCUAAUGCUGUAAUGCAGCCUAUUGCACUGGGUCGUCUUAUGGACGUAUAUGCAUAUUAUAGUGGAGAAUUAGAACGUAGAAAAAAUCUGAAAUCGUCCGAAAUCAAUAAAUUGGCUGAAAGUACACGACGAUUGUGGAAAUCAUUCAAUAUAGAAAUGCCGAAAUAUAAAUCAAAGAGUAAAACUUUAUUAAAUGAAAAAGUGUUAUCGCUUGAAAUUAUGAAAUUUGCAGUGGCACUUCCGUUAGAUUUAAAGGAAAACUCUAUUUCCACAGCCAUGAAUAAUUAUUCGGGUGAAUCAUACGUACCAGCAUUUAUCUUUUCCGCGUCUUCAAUGAAUUUCAUAACGAGAAAGUGGAAAUCUAAUUAUGCAACACUUAAGGAUCUAUGCUUUCAAUUUGUACCGGAAUUUGAUCAAAGAAAAGAAGAAUUCUUUUCUUCUUAUGUUCAUUCUAAAAUGAAUCGAGUUUAUUUUCCAGAAAUUUCGUGCGAAGGGUAUAGUUCCGGUACUACAGAUAGGAAAAAAUUUGAUAUUCAAUCCCGAGUUGAAGGAUUUGAAAUGGAUAUUGCUAGUAAUAUUGUUACACAUAUAAAUUGCCUUGGUGAAAUUUACGCUACAAGCCGAGAACGAUUAGAAACAUUUGCAGCUGAAUCAAAUUUAAAUUCGGGAUCUGAACAAAAGCCAGUAAGUGUAGGUAAUAAUACCGACUUACAAAAGGAUAUAGAUGUUAUUGAUUUGGAAUUUGAGGUCGCAUUUACUGCUAAAAGCGGAACAAUAAGAUUAUAUCCGAAAAGUUAUUUCUCCAGAAAUCACAGUAGAAGACCUACUGGAAGCAAAUUGUCCGAUAAGUCAAGAUCAGCUAGGGGUUCUCGUGGCAGCAUUGCUUCACUUCCAAAGUUAAAUUUAGAUGUUAAUUUUGAUGACGUGUCAAUACAGGAACAUGGGAUAGAUACUAUUAUUAUCCCUGGUCUCAGCAUAAAUACAAUAUACCGAACAUUCUUGAGCGAAAAUGUAAUUCAUAAUUUCAACGAAAAUAGUUCUUUGACAAGACGUUUACAUGUUGAACUUGUAAUUCAUCCAAGUGAAAAUAUACUUUUUCCCUCCUUAGUUCCGUUUUUCAAGGACAUUAUUGAUGGACUUAAAAUAGGGGUUCAGCAAUCUAGCGAUAAAAGAGCUAUUGCAGUUAAAGAAAGCGCAUCACCGAUUCAGGGUUUAAACAUAACAUUUCAUUUCAAACUUUUACAUACUACUUUUGAAUUAAGUUGUAAACCUAUAUCCAAGGUUUUUUGUCGCUUUAAUUGGGAGGAAGGAAAUUUUCUUAUAUCCUCAAGCAGUGCAGAAGAAGGUAGUCAGAGCGUUACAUGCGUCGGCAAAAUAAGUGGUGCAUCAGGAAAUAUUCGACAUGCUUUCUCACCAGAGGAUUGUGUAAAAGCCGAAAUAAAAGAUAUCUCCUUUAAUGCAACAAUGAUGAGUAGGCGAAGUGAGAACGUUUCUGAUGAUUCUAUAUCAAUUAUAGUGGAGCUUCCUCAAAUUUCCGCAGAUUUAAAUAUUCGCUAUUUGCAGGAUCUGUUAGUUCUCAAGAUUAUAUGGUUUGAUCAAGCUGCAAAAUUAUACGAAGGAACUCCUCAACAACAAUUGUCUCAACAUAUUAGCGGGGAUUUCAUAAGUAAUAAAAGGCAGCUUUCACCUUCGCCAUCUUAUGAUGAAGAGCCCAAAGUCAAGCCAUAUUCAUUUUAUGCUUUUGUAAAAUUGAAUAGACUGGAUUUAUCCAGUGAUCUUGGUCAAGCAAUUGGGAAAGUUUUGUUCGAUACUCAAAAUGUUCAAGUUCGUACAAAGAAUAUACCAGGCGCCCAAAAAAGGCUUAUUGCGUCCACAGACGUUCUUAAUAUUAAAUGUGAAGGACGUCUUAUUGGAUAUGCAAGUAUUGCCGGACUUACUUUUUCCACAGUACUUGGAGUUCCACCACGCUCAAAAGAAGACAGUAAAACCAGCGUGACAAAUUUGUUGUUUAAAACAGAAAGGAUUCAAUCAACUUUUGAAUAUGAAUUUCAGAAAAUCAUAGUACUGGACGUAGACCCGAUGAAAUUUAAGCUUAUAGAUAAUUGGGAAAUUGUAUCACCGGAAAAUGCCCCUGAUGCCUCCUAUGCCUCCGUAUUAGUACAUGCAGAUAUAUCAUUACAACAAAUUCAAGCAAUUGCUACCAUAAAAACCAUACCAACAAUUCUUCAUAUGUUGAACAAACUUUUGGCGUUGGUUGAGGAAAAACAAUCAUCUGCUGCUACUGCAAUUUUAGAUUCUAAAUUUAAUAGCUCAAAUAUUGAGACCUUAUCACAUGAUUCGAAUUCUGAUAAAUUAUCACGCGAGAAAGCUGAUAUCACAAUGACUUUCAAAGAGGUGUUGGUUGGUGGAUUAACAGUUCACCCAAUUGGAAAGAUCACGAUUGCGAUGGAUAAAGCAUAUUUAACAAUAUAUCCAAAUAACUUUUAUGAUAUAGACUGUUUGCAGACGAAAUUUGAAGGACUUAUUUUGGAUAUGAAUAAGUCCAUUAAAGAUGAACUAGUUAAUCGAGAACUUAAUAUGCGUCUCAAUGGCAUUGCAUUAUUAAAAAGCUCAUGCAAGAAACUCAAACUCAAGGAUGAUAAUGAACUAUCACUUCCGAAAUGGUUUGAACAUGUUGAGGCUGCUUCUUCGAAAAAUAUAUUUACUCUUCCUAAUACAAAUUUAAUUAUGGACACUACACAAAAAAUGGAAAGUAACACCGUUGAUCACAAAUUUGAAGUACACUUUGGCGGAAAAGUUGAUGUUGCGUUAAAUUUUGGGUUAAUUAGAUAUAUUCAAGAAUUAUCAGCUUUAUACAAAGAACAAUUGAAAAAGAAUGGUACUAAGAAUAGUACUGAUGUUCCAAAGUCACCUAAUACACCCGGUACAUCUAACAUGGGAAAUCAGCUACAAUCUCCAGCAACAACACAUACAGUACCUACUAUAGAAUUGCCAUCGUCAGAUAACGAGGAUUUAAAAGAAGUUAAGAAUAAGGAUAUUAUAAUAUAUAAUCCAAUAGAACAAGUGAAAUUAGAACCACAAUUGCGUUAUCUAGGAGAUGCUACACCACCUCUAGAAUGGGUUGGUGUUCAAAGAGCAAAAGUACCUGGAUUUGUCCAUACCGCCAUUACUAUGAAUUUAGACGAAAUUAUAAAUCAUAUUAUUAAUAAAUCAUUUAAAGCAGCACAGGCUUUAUUAUAA